ACAGAACCAGACUGGAACCCGGCCCAGUUACAGGCCCGCCCAUAGCUGCUUGGAGUGUCUCAUUCUCAUACAAUUGGAAGUUGGAUUGAAUUUCCCUCGUCGAUUCUCAGCAUUCCGUUCCCGCUCCCUCACACACGCCGAUCGAGGUCCGCCGUCGAAUCGUCUCCGCUAUCGGUGGACGGAGCGGAGCUCAAAUAGACGCCCAAAAUCCAGUGUCAAUGGCGUCGAGUUCGACUCCCCCGGUGCGGGAUAAUGCCUCCGGAAGACUCAAGAGGGCUGCUUCUACUCUCGCCGGUGAUACCCAGACUCUCGUCAGCGACAUAAAAAAGGCCUUCACAAUGGUGAAAAACAUCGCAGUUGAUCUGGAAAGAGAGAAAGAAUCCGCGCAGAUCAAGGAGCUUGAAACUCUAGCAGUUCAGUUGUCGGAAUCUUGUGAUGACUGUAUUUGUCGUGCAUCAGCAAUUCAUAAUGUGGGAAACGAAUAUCAGCCAACUCCAGAGUUCACUGAUUUCAAAAAGUUGCUUGAUGAGCAAUUUAUGAAGCUCAAGGCUAUGCCAUCACAGCAUAAUCGACUAAUCCGUCAAUUUCAUGAAGCUGUUUGGAAUGUUCAUCAUGAAAAUCAGCCAAUGCCAGGUGAGGAGGAGGAGGAUAUCGUAAUGACGAGCACCCAGUCCAACCUCCUGAAUGUGAAAUGUCCUUUAAGUGGCAAGAUGAUUACUGACCUAGCAGAACCAGUUAGAAGUAUGGACUGCAAGCACAUCUAUGAGAAGCAAGCCGUCAUGGCAUACUUGCCCCGAAAUGGUACUCAAAAACGAUGUUGCAUAGCAGGCUGUCCCAAGGUCUUGCAAGCCCAGAAGCUAGUGUGUGAUCCAUUUCUGCUGGCCGAAAUCGAGGAACUGCGGUCGAUUAAUCAACAAACUGAACAGGCUCAAAACGUCGAAGAUUUCACUGGACUUGAUGAUGAAGACUAGGACGUAAUAGAUGACUUUAUCAAUUACAUUCCCACGAACCGAAAGACGAUUUGGUACUAGAGCGACCUUUAGAAGUUGAAACACUUUUCCUAUGAUCAUCUGAUGUAAUUAGUUAGUAUCAAAGCGAAGAGGAAACUCGGUGUACUAGAAAAUCGAGUUCUCGAAAUAUGAAUUUGCACACUGAUCUGGACAGCUUGCAUGGAAAAGGAAAGCUGGACCAACAUUGGAUGGUGCUAUGCUGCCAUCGCUGAAUGUGUGGUAUUCUAAAAUUCAGGUGACCAUUUCGUUUAAAAUGAAAGAUCAGUGAGUGGAUUGCUGGUGAACUCAAAUUUGGGUGACCGUUCAUGUAAUUGACCCGGUAAAAUCCUCACCUAUGAAGACGAGAAGAAACAGAGACUCGCAGUAGCAAGCAGGGCGACCUUCAAAACUGCACCUAUGGCUUUGUCCUCUUCCCGCAGCAGCUUCUUUCUUCUCCAUCAACGCUUUCUCAUGCGCGCAGUCCCAGUCUUCAACUCUCUACCUAGAAGAUUCACAGCCAAAUCCUCAAACCCUAAGGUCACCGUCCUCCGUUCCAUUUCCAUUCAAAAUCACUCCUCAAGUCCUCCUCCGCUUCCAACCUCCGCCAUGCCCAGUCCCGCCACCGACAACGGCGGCGGUUAUCGGUGGAAGCCAAUGUGCUUGUACUAUACACAAGGCAAAUGUACUAAGAUGGACGACCCUGCACACCUUCAGGUGUUCAAUCACGAUUGCUCCGAGGAAUUCCGUUUGUCUGAAGGCGAACUCCAACGCGAGCACAAGCCCCAGAAGUUUGAUUACUUGCUGGUGUUUGAUUUGGAAGGGAAAGUGGAGAUUCUCGAGUUCCCUGUGCUCUUAAUCGAUACCAGAACUAUGUCCGUAGUGGACUUGUUUCACAGGUUUGUUAGGCCAACUGCAAUGAGUGAGCAAAGGGUUGAUGAAUAUAUUGAGAACAAGUAUGGCAAGUUUGGAGUUGAUCGAGUUUGGCAUGAUACUGCCCUUCCAUUCGUUGAAGUUGUGCAGCAAUUCGAAGAUUGGUUAAUCCAGCACUGUUUGUGGGAAAAGAAGCAGAAUGGGAGCCUUAAUCGAGCAGCAUUCGUAACCUGUGGGAACUGGGAUGUGAAAACACAGGUUCCUAAGCAAUGCGUAGUGUCGAAGAUGAAGCUCCCCCCGUACUUUAACGAAUGGAUCAAUCUGAAAGACGUCUACCUAAACUUCUACAAUCCGAAACAAGAGGCUAGGGGAAUGAGGACCAUGAUGGAGCAGCUUAAGAUGCCAAUGUUGGGGAGUCACCAUCUGGGAAUCGACGACACUCGAAACAUAGCUCGAAUUGUGCUUCGAAUGCUUGCUGAUGGCGCAGUGAUUCCUGUUACAGCUUGGAGGGAUGGUGGAUCUUCUGAAAGUGUCAACUUCCUGUACAAGAACCGGAUAAGAUAGCUCUCUUACUCUCUCUCAUACGCGCAGCAUCCAGAAAAAACUUGUGGGUUGCCCAAGUUCUGCAGAAAGCUUCAAUCUUUCUACUUCAGCAGUUCUGUAUCAUGUUCAACUGGAAUCUGAUUAAAUCUGAACAAAAUGUUUACAAAUGAAUCGAUGUUUUCUGUGAUGAACUCUUCAACAAUAACUAAGAUUGCUGAUUAUGAUGAUUGUGAUGGUCAAGGUUAACCAAAAACCAUUACAAAAAUUAAUUAAUUUUCUUUAAUCCACUUUCAUCAGUGUAUGUUAGCAGCCACAGUCCUGGCCCAGACCUUGAGAUGGGCCUUGAUGUCUUCAGCUGAUGAAGUAGUUGCGGUCGUCGUUGUCUGGGCAUUUGAAGUGGGCCCCGGAGCCCACGUCGGAAUCGGCGGGCCUCCACACCGGAGGAACCGGUCGUAACUGGGCCUCUGUGGCCUCGCUGCCGCCUUCUUUGACUCGUAGUAACUGGCUUGAUCAUGUUGGAUCUCAAGGUUGCUCAUUGUUUUGGUCAACUUCCUGAUUCCCUUGGGAUUAGUGGGCGGAGGAGGAGGAUUGUUGCUGUGAUUAGUCGUACUAAUUACUCCACUUUGAUCAUCUUUAACCUCUGGGCUUCUUCUUCUUCCACCACCACCUCUCACCUCGUUUCUCAUGCUCCUGCAACUCCUAAUCAUGCUCUUAGGAGAAGAAACAGAGUGUCUAGGAGAGAUAUCAUCGAGAGAAGAAGACAUGGCCUGCUGAAUCAAUCUGCUCAUACUCAUACCAUUCUCUUCCCCAUCUGAUUCUUCUUCUUCUUCUUCUACUUCUUCCCUCCCUAUCCACGGCGGCAGCGACGGAGCUCUCGCCAAACUCCCCGGAUUCCUCCCGCCGCCGCCGCCUGAUGUCUUAAUCUUACUCCCCUGUUUCUCCUUACCCUCCCCUGUUUUCGACGAUUUACUACCAUUCCUCCUCCCACCAGACUUCCUGCCAAUACAAGGCGGCAGAGACGGCGCCCUCACCAAACCGCCGUCGCCUCUCACCGGCGCCGGAGGAACGACGCUCUGUGAAGAAGUGGGAUCAGAGAAACACCUCCCCAUGAAUCUACCUCCCGCCGGCGGCGGCUUAUUGCCCCCGCUUCCAUCGAUCAGUUUCCUGAAGAACCAAGCUUCUUCCAGCAGAUCAGGCACGCCGCCGUUUCUUUCACUGCCCUUUUCUUCUCCCUCUGAUGGGUACUCGCCGGCGAGUGAACCCAUGGCUGGUUUUGCUCUGUAUCAAAUGGGC